CUUUUUUGCGCGAACUUCCUUCUUUUUAAGGUUAAACUGAUAAAAAUAUAUGCCCGUAUAUAUUCACAUAUCAAAACAGUCAACUUAUUUUUAAAAAGAUCUUCUGGGUGACAAACAGGAUAAGUUUAUAUGUGAAACAAUAAAUACCAAAAAGGUUGUUUUAAUUGCAUGAAAAUGGAAAGAAAUUGCAUAGUUGCAUCGUUUCUUCUUGUUUCUAUGGUAACACGUGUCGCGACUGACUACGACUGCAUAUGUAAUUAUGCUGUUGAGAGCCGUGUGUAUCAGUCCCCGGAUAAGACCAGUCAAGCUGUAGGAUAUUUGUACGAGUUUGAUUGUAAACCUGAGAUCGGAGAAAGUGUCGGUUUUUAUAUAAUAGCGUCAGAACAUGAAAAACGUUAUAUUGCAAAAUCUGAUCAGAUCCAGCAGCAAACUUGCCCAGGGUCGCCUCCGGAUGCAGAUCUCCUCCCGACAACAUCUGCAGAAGCAACAAGCACAUCAGCGUCAACAACUAUCACUCGUCCGAUAAUAACGUCGGCUACGCAUACAAAUAUGUCUGUACUAACCCCUUUAACAACAAGUGUAAUGCCUAAUACCACAACGCCUACAGGCAUUGCGUCAACAACAACAUCUCCUACAACAUCAUCACCAGCAACGACAACAACGACAAUGAUAUCUACUACCACCACGACAGCGCCAACAAGUACGACUACUUCAACAACCACGACCACGACAACAACCCCCACAACAACAACAACGACAGCAAAACCUACCACUACAAAACCAGCGCCAAUCACUUGGCCUAUAGGAACAUACGGUCUUAUGCAGACCUCUAGAGGAUGUCCAGGGGGUGGUACCUACUGGCUUAAAGGCUGGAGAAAACAGGACACUGAAGAUUCAUCACCUAGUAACCGUUAUUCUGCCAAUAUUAAUCAUUACCUCAAAGGUGCAUUUGAUAAAAACGUGGUGACAGAAUUCUGUAUAAAAGAUGCUUGGUCUUCUAGCAAAUACGACAGACAUUGGCCGAAGGGAACAUACUGCAUACUUAAACAUAAAAGUUGUCCUGCAGGUUUCAGUAGUGGUUUUAUAUAUUGGGAUGAUGAAGAUCAUAACAAUGAAAAUAGUCAUGGCGGUACACUCCCUGAUGGAGAAUUCGGUCGAAACACGAAAAUAUAUUACUGUUGCAGAAGUGACGCACAUACGAAUACACAGAUAGUUCUUCCGACAGCAGUACCGUUUGUUUUAUUACGUUUUGGUCACGCAUGCCAGUCUGUUCACGGUAUGAGCGCACACGAGGUUUAUGUCCGCUGGGACGACGAGGACAGUGGCAACGAGUCUGGGAGCGGAGGUGCUCAUCCAUACGAUGACGGUUCAAGUGGAAAUCACGCUUUACACUUUUGUUACUAUCAGUCUUCUGGUGGACCUUCUUUAAUUGGAUAGCCUUCUAAUGAUUCCUUCCUUGGUGCAUUGUCUCUUGCUGUUUCUAUUUUCUAAAACACAUCCUUAAAAUACUUAUUAGCUUUUCCUUAUUCUACAGAUAAAAUAUACCGACAAAAUAUUAUACCAGCUUUAUGUUGCUAAUGGGUAAUAUCUUAAAGUUCAGCAAGGUCAUGUUUACCGUGAAGGUAUCAAAAUUAUCAAAAGUGUCAACUCUGGAUUAGAUAAAAAUAUUUUAAGGAUUAAGAGUCCAAAAAUUUGACAAGUGAUAAUGGAUUCGGUUAAGUGCUAAUAUUUCAAUAAAUUCAGUUGAUUGUUAACUACUUUUUUAUUGUUCAUAACACGAAUUUUAAAUUUAAAUGAUUUUAAAAUUUGAAAUCCAUGAAUACAAAAUGUCACAAAUUAAACAAACAUUUCCGAACGAAUAGAAUAAUGAAUAUUUAUCUUCUAUUUAGUAAAAAAUAUAUGUUUGAAAAUAAUCGUGCUUCAGUUGUCAAGGCCCUUAUACUGUACUGAAAUCAUAAUUUAAACAUUUUACUUUAACACUUGACCCCGGUACAAUUGCACAUAAAACACAUCCCUAAAAAAAAUCUGUAACAUUGUUCUUAUACAUGUAAUUUGUUGUUUUUUUUUCUCACAAAACGUUGAUUGUUGAUCUCAAAAAUUGCUGACUGUAAGCUGCCUAAUCUGGUGCAACUGGGGCGUAAAAUAUGUUCGUUAUCUAUCAAUUAUGAAAAGGCCGAUCCAAAGUAAACCUGCAUUCUACAUUUA